AUAGUCCUUAAUACGAAAAGCACACUGUCUCUCACUUCCUCCUACUGCCGAAGUGGUCUAAAUCAAGCACUCUGAAGAAAGAUCAAAAAAAUGAAGUUACUUGGUUGGAUGCAUCGCAAGUUCCGGGCCAAUGAACCACUGAAGGAUUUUAGCAUAGGGAAUUCUUGUACUUGUCUUUCAGGGCAGCCAUCACUGGAUGACCAACAGUACUACCCAAAGUCAAAUUUUGGCACUAAAUCCUUAGGCAAAGCACAGAGAGACAACCAUCUGCGAAAAUCAUUUGCCAGCCUAGAAGCAGCAAGAGUAGAAGAAGACGACUUUGAAGAAGAAUCUUCAGUUGCGAUUUCCGAGCUCUUCCAUGGCUUCCUUACCAUAGGCACUCUUGGUUCAGACCCAAUCAUCACAGACCCAUCAACGCCAACAUUUGCCAUAUCAGUUGAGAACAUAACUGAAAAAGAAACAGAAGUAACAGAGAAUGAACUGAAGCUUAUUAAUGAUGAGUUGGAGAAGGUGCUGGGGGCUGAAGGAGACGGUUGCAAUGACUCAUCUGGGAGAAACAGUCAUGUUAGUACUGGAAGAAACAGUUAUGUUAGUACUGGAAGAAGCAGCCAUGGUAGCACCAUUACACUUAGCGGAAAGCCAUUGGAAGGCACAGAGACCAGUGGAAAUGGAACAACAAUCUGUCCACUCCAGGGCUAUCUGUUCGGAUCAGCAAUUGAGUUGCCAGAAACAACCACAGUGGUAAAGAAGGAACAUAGAACAUCACUUGGGGAGCUGUUUCAGAGGACAAAAAUAGCGGAGGAAAAUUAUGUAGCCAAAAGCGAGAGGGGAGAAAAACGGACAGAAAAGGAGACAGAUAAAUCAGCCAUACACCUCAUGAAAAAGAUGCUGAAGAAAAGAAUGGUUCAUGGUUCUUCUCGGAGCUCCACCACAUCGACUGGGGGAAAUGUUGACUCUGCUUCAUCUGAGACAAAACUGCAUAAGAUCCUCCACAUGUUCCACAGGAAAGUCCAUCCUGAAAGCUCCACGGCUGCACGAAAAUCUCAUAAGCCUCGUAAAAAUGACAUAAAGAACAACAUCACCUAUGAGGGGGGCUACAAUAAUGGAGAUGGAAUGCUCCCAGACGAAGAUAUCAUGAUAUUUCCUCAGAGAGCCCUCUCAAGAGAGAGCAUUAGACGCUUCAAGAGCCACUCCAACCCACCCCAAGUCACACUCAGUGGAAGCGAUUCAAAUGGGAACAGGGAAUUCUGGAUCAAAACAGAUGCAGACUACUUGGUGUUGGAGCUCUAGAGGGCAGAAGAUGCAUUCUGAAGUGUGGUUAUGAUAUAUUAGCAUUAAACAGUAAGAGUGUAUUAUAUUUAUAAAUAUUCUCCUCCUGGAUGAUUAUUUUCUAGCAAUAUCUGAGUGGUUAUAUCCUAAUAAGCUAGAAAAUGAUAAAAGAAUAAAAGAGGUCCCUCUCUAAAUACCCAUGAGUAUAUGUCAAGAUUGAGGUCUAUCCGUCUGUUAGUAAACAUGGUUCAAUUAUUCUGAGUGUAAGGUUUGAUAUGUUGGCAUCAUACAUGAUUUCCACAUGAAUUCGUUGUUAUUUCUCUUCUAGAGAGAUGAAUUAUUCUAAAAAAUCAAUCAGAAAGGAACAACAAAAUCUUUCUUAA